AUGAGCCCAGCAACCAUGACGUCUCGCGAGGUCUUUUUACUGCCUCUCAACGACGAUGGUUCCCCCGAUGUGGCCGGCCAGUAUAUUUACCUCGCGCCCAAGUCCAGAGAACCCGUCAUCGUCCGCUUCGUCAUCGAGGGCGCCUCCUCCAUUUGCCGCCAUGGCAGCCUAUGGGUCAACAUCCCCAGCAAGGGCCAAGAAUUUCGCCGCGACAAGUUUCGCGAGUUUCCCUUGAAACCCGACUUUAACCGCUCCAUUGAAAUCUCCGUUCCUAUAUACGAAGCAGGCGCCUUUGCCUUCUAUACCACCUACGCCGAACUGCCUGACCUACGACCGACCCUAGAUGCCGCCGCCCACGAGUCGCUCAAGCAGACACCAACCUACUAUAUUGAUGUUGCUCCCCGUCUGACCCUCGACGGUCGCGCACUGCCGCUUCCCGCCCUAUCUGUCUUCUCCAUCAUAAGCAAAUUCAUGGGCCGCUAUCCUCAGGAUUGGGACGCCCAUCUCAGUGGCAUCAGCGAAAGGGGAUACAACAUGGUUCACUUCACCCCUCUGCAACUCCGUGGUGAAUCCAAUUCGCCCUACAGUCUCUACGACCAGCUCAGCUGGGACCCCAUGUGUUUUCCAAAUGGCGAACAAGACGUUAAGCGCAUGAUCGAUAGCUUGGAAAAGAGGCACUCCCUGCUAAGUUUGACCGAUAUUGUCUUGAAUCAUACCGCCAGCAACACGCAAUGGCUGCAGGAACACCCAGAAGCUGGCUACAAUCUUGUUACCGCGCCUUGGCUCCAGUCUGCCUAUGAGCUCGACACCAAGCUUCUAGAGCUAGGCGACAAGCUCCAACAGCUGGGCUUACCCGUGGACCCCAAAUCUUCAGACGACGUCUUGAAAAUCAUGGAAGCCGUGAAGAAUAACGUCUUGGCAGAGUUGCGUCUUUGGGAAUACUAUGUGCUGGCUGUAGAUGCCAAUGCUGACGCCAUUGUCCAAGCUUGGGUGGACGGCAAGACCUUUGCGCCCCCUAAAGAGGCAGGCGAAUCGUUUUCUCUUCAAGGUCUCGAAGAGAGCAAACUCGCCGACCAAGUUGCAUUCGUUAAAACAUUUGGUCUCAACGGCCUUGAUCACCUGGGCGAGCGAUUCAGGCGCACUGUCGACCCCGCUAUCGGCGCGACCGUCUUAUCCUUUGCUCUCGGUAAGUAUCAAGGAGAUGGCCACUCUGCAAGCAAGGGUGCCGCCAGAGCAAAGACGACCAAGAUAUUGGAUGCUCUCAAUGUACCAUUUUACGAGGAAUACGAUACCGAUAUAAAAGAGGCAUUAGAACAGCUGUUCAACAGAAUCAAAUAUGUUCGCUUGGAUGAACAUGGACCCAAGCUCGGCCCAAUCAACAAAAAGAAUCCCCUCAUCGAAUCAUACUUUACCCGUCUCCCUCAAACGGAGGCCACCUCCAAACUCAAGCCCGAGGAGAAGGCCCUAGUCAACAAUGGCUGGGUUUGGGGCGGUAAUGCCCUGGUCGACCAUGCUGGACCUCAAUCAAAGGUAUACCUCCGCCGAGAGGUCAUCAUUUGGGGUGACUGCGUAAAGCUCCGGUAUGGUUCCAAGCCACAAGACAGCCCGUGGCUCUGGGAACACAUGACCAAGUACGCUCGUCUGCUUGCCAAGUAUUUCGUCGGCCUGCGCAUCGACAACUGCCACUCUACCCCCAUUCACGUUGCGGAACACAUUCUUGACGAAGCCAGACGAGUGAGACCCGACUUGUAUGUCGUUGCAGAAUUGUUCUCAGGCUCGGAAGAGACAGAUUACAUUUUUGUCAAGCGUCUCGGCCUUAGCUCACUUAUUCGCGAAGCUAUGCAAGCCUGGAGCACCGCGGAAUUGAGCCGCUUGGUGCAUCGCCAUGGUGGCAGCCCUAUUGGUAGCUUCGAGGUCGAUGAGGUUUCCACCACUGACACAACCAGCGACAAGGGCAACUUGUCGAGGGAAAUCAUCAAACAGAUUCGACCUACACCAGUUCACGCUCUCUUCAUGGACUGCACACACGACAAUGAGACUCCUGCACAGAAACGAGAUGCCCGCGAUACUCUUCCCAAUGCCGCCCUCGUAAGCAUGUGCUCAAGCGCCACUGGCAGCGUGAUGGGUUACGACGAAAUUUACCCAAGGUUGAUUGACCUCGUCAACGAGACUCGCCUCUACACUUCAGAGUCAUCGCGGUCUCCACCCGAGGGCACGACAGGCACGAAUGGUAUUGGUGGUGUAAAGAAGCUUCUCAACCAGAUACACACUCUUAUGGGCAAAGACGCAUACGACGAAACCCACAUUCACCACGAAGACCAGUAUAUCACUGUCCACAGAGUUCACCCCAAGUCGAGAAAGGGAUACUUCCUCAUCGCUCACACGGCUUUCCCUGGCUAUGGCAAUGGCCGGGCGUCCAUUGCCCCGGUUGAGCUUAACGGGACCAAGGUCCAGCACCUGGGCAGCUGGAUGUUGGAAGUUGAUGCAAGCGAAGAGGAGACGGCUAAGGUACUUGGUGAUGACAAGUAUUUACGUGGUUUGCCCAGCAAGGUGGUCGCUAUCACUGGCAUCGAUGUUGAGCAGAGGGGAGACGAUGCAAUCAUUACAGUUCGGGAAAAGUUUCCUCCCGGGAGUAUCGCUCUAUUCGAAACGUGGAUUCCUGCGGCCGAGCAUUCAGCAGGUCUCGACACCUACGUCACAUCGGGAGCUAGAGAGGCUUGGAAGGACCUCAACCUCAUCGAUCUCAACUUUUUGAUGUACCGUUGCGAGGCAGAGGAGAGAGAUGCCACCGAUGGCGCAGACGGUGUAUAUGAUAUUCCUAGCCACGGCAAGCUUGUCUACGCCGGUGUUCAAGGCUGGUGGAGCGUCUUGAAGGACAUCAUUCACAACAACGACUUGGCACACCCGCUUUGUCAGAAUCUUCGAGAUGGUGCUUGGGCUCUGGAUUUUCUCCAAGGAAGAAUUGAGCGACAAAGCAAGCUUCCGGGCCAGGACCGGCUCAUUGCACCGGGACAAUGGUUUAAAGACAGAUUUGAGGCCAUCAAAGCCAUCCCCAGCUUUCUGUUACCUCGUUAUUUUGCACUGGUAAUAAGGACCGCCUAUCAAGCUAGCUGGAGCAAAUCUCUCGAGCUCAUGUCACCCAGCAUCGAAAAGAGUCAAUGGUUCCUUCAGAGCCUAGCCUUGGUUAGCGUUCAGCAGACUGGACUAGUCAAGUCUGCCUCACUCUGGCCGGAAAAGAAGGUGCCAUCCAUUGCCGCUGGUCUACCACAUUUUGCAGUUGAAUGGGCGAGAUGCUGGGGGCGUGAUGUCUUCAUCUCUAUUCGUGGUUUGUUCCUCGGAACCGAGCGUUAUGACGAGGCAAAGGAGCACAUCCUUGCUUUCGCCAGUGUCUUGAAGCACGGCAUGAUUCCCAAUCUAUUAAGCAGCGGCGACGCACCGCGAUACAACUCGAGAGAUUCAAUUUGGUUCUUUCUACAAACCAUCCAGGACUACGUGAAACUCGCGCCCGAGGGCCUCGACUUGCUCAAAGUCAAGGUACCACGGCGUUUUCUUCCAUACGAUGACACUUGGUUCCCAACCAAUGAUCCACGUGCCUAUUCUAAGGAAAGCACGAUCGAGGAGGUCAUCCAAGAGGCUCUUCAAAGACAUGCUACCGGUAUGAAGUAUCGUGAAGCCAAUGCCGGACCUCAGAUCGAUUCGCAGAUGAAAGACGAGGGUUUCAACCAGAGCAUUCAUGUAGACUGGACGACUGGCAUCAUUUUUGGUGGCAAUCAGUCGAACUGCGGCACAUGGAUGGACAAGAUGGGCGAAAGUGAGCGUGCUGGCUCCAAGGGCAUUCCCGGAACGCCUCGCGAUGGCGCUGCUAUUGAGAUCACGGGCUUAUUGUACAGCACGGUCAAAUGGCUAGCUGGCCUGCACAAGGAUGGAAAAUUUCGUCAUGAGGGCGUGACCAAGUCAGACAAUGGCUCUGUAUCUUAUGUCAAGUGGGCCGAGCUGCUCAAGUCUAACUUUGAGCGCUGCUACUACGUUCCUCUCUCCCCAAACGAUGAUGGCAAGUACGAUGUCAACCCAAAGAUUAUCAACCGCCGUGGCAUGUACAAGGAUCUGUACAAAUCUGGCAAGGAAUACGAAGACUACCAGUUGCGAGCCAACUUCCCUAUUGCCAUGACGGUUGCGUCCGACUUGUUUGAUGAGAAGCACGCAAUGGAGGCACUGUGCCUCGCGGACCGUGUGCUGCGCGGGCCGACGGGCAUGGCGACACUGGAUCCGAGCGACCUCAACUACCGGCCGUACUACAGAAACAGCGAAGACAGCGACGACUUUGCGACGAGCAAGGGCCGCAAUUACCACCAGGGACCGGAGUGGCUGUGGCCCACAGGCUUCUUUCUGCGCGCGUUGCUCAAAUUUGACCUCAAGCGGCGGACGACGGCCGAGGGUCGUAUCGAGGCGUUUCAGCAGGUGACGAGGCGGCUGGCUGGGUGCAAGAAAAUGAUUCGAGAGUCGCCGUGGGCGGGCCUCACGGAGCUUACGCAGAAGAAUGGAGAGUACUGUCCAGACUCGAGUCCUACGCAAGCGUGGUCGGCGAGCUGCUUGAUUGAUUUGUACAUGGAUGCGCGGGAAGAGGCGGAGCGUCAUUGA